GUGACUGCGCCUCUGUCCCGAGUGGCUCGAGGGCCCUGCUUCGGGGAGUGCUGGGCGCGCCUCGCCCUCCGCCCGGUGGCUCCCUGCGCUCUGGGGCCUGCGGGAAGGUCGAGGAGAUGGAACAGCGGUGGCCGUGUGUGUCCGGCUGGUGUCAGAAGGCAGGAUAGUCAGUCAGGCCGUUACCACCCAGUCAGAGUGCAGCGUCGCUUCCAUUGUUGCCACUGCCGAACGCACCGACCUGGGGGAAGACCGGCAGCUCUGCAGUCAAGGCAGGUCCGAGCAGAGGACUGGGUGCGGGCAAGAUGGCCCUGGUGCCGUAUGAGGAGACCGCGGGAAUGGGGUUGCAGAAAUUCCACAAGCCUCUUGCCACCUUCUCCUUUGCAAACCACACGAUCCAGAUCCGCCAGGACUGGAGACAUUUGGGAGUCGCAGCAGUGGUUUGGGAUGCGGCCAUCGUUCUUUCCACAUACCUGGAGAUGGGAGCUGUGGAGCUCAGGGGCUGCUCUGCUGUGGAGCUGGGUGCUGGCACAGGGCUGGUGGGCAUAGUUGCUGCACUUUUGGGUGCUCAUGUGACUAUCACGGAUCGAAAAGUAGCAUUAGAAUUUCUUAAAUCAAACGUUCAAGCCAACUUACCUCCUCAUAUCCAACCCAAAGCUGUUGUUAAGGAGCUGACGUGGGGACAAAAUUUGGGGAGUUUUUCACCUGGAGAAUUUGACCUGAUUCUUGGAGCUGAUAUCAUAUAUUUAGAAGAAACAUUCACAGAUCUUCUUCAAACACUGGAACAUCUCUGUAGCAACCACUCUGUGAUUCUUUUAGCUUGCCGAAUUCGUUAUGAACGGGAUAACAACUUCUUAGCGAUGCUGGAGAGGCAGUUUACUGUGAGUAAGGUUCACUAUGAUCCUGAAAAAGAUGUACAUAUUUACAAAGCACAGAAGAAAAACCAGAGUGAGGACUUAUAGUUGGUUGUUAUUGAGUGUGUCAAUUAAGGUCUUAGACUGGGAAUCUAAUCAUAUUUAAAUGAAGUGGCUUACUGUACAAAAAAGUCUUAACCAAAGGUUCUCAAGGGACAGAACAUAUGUACAGUUUUAGAACAAAGCUUUUUCACAUUGCUGUGAUUUUUAGUCAUAUUUUACUCACUCUGAAGUUCAAUUAACAUUAAAGGAAAGUGUGAGAUUUUGGUUUGUGUUGUUUCUGUAUCCCAUGCUGUUCCCUCUUGAUAAAUAAUACUCAUUGAUGAUAAUGAUGAAGGACUGGUAUAAAGGUGUCUUUCAACUAGUGAGCUUGUGUUGGUGAGGUUAAGUCAUGCAAAUUAUUUUAAACACAUUCUGAGAUAUAUCUUGUUUAUCUCGGUUUUCAAAUUUUCUGAAUAUAAAACAAGAGGAUUAACAUAUGUUCCCUGAGCUGUUAGUGCUAUUGGAAUGAGUUUUCUGGGGUCUCAUGUCAUGGUUUUUGGCUUAAUUCCAGGUUUAGGUAUAUAAACAAACGAAUAAGUAAAAAUAAAUUUUUAGUUACUUUUUGAAAGCAUCUAAAAUCUUGGACUGGAAUCAAGUCAAAUGCUAUGGUUUUCUUCAAAUAAAAUGCUAUGGUUUUCUCCUUCAGCUUUACCCUUUCUCAAAUAUUUUUGUAUAUUUCUUUCCUAGCUUUCCCUGCCUCCUUUUAAUGUACUGAUUGACAUUUAAAAGAAGUUUUAAAUCUCAUCCCUCCACGAGCGGUUAACUCCCCAAGUAUAAGCUCCUUCUGUAGUGUACUUGUAAUUGCUCAUUCAUUGUCUGUAUUCCCCAGUAGUCUGUAAUCUUAUUGAGGGACAGGAAUGCUUCGGCCUCUUCCAUUGUUGCUUCCCCAGUACCUAGUAUAUCAUAACCAAAUAAUGAAAAAGAUACGUGCCAUUUAGAGGGUAUUGAUUUUGGGGUUAAGUGAUUGCUACACUGUUUUAUGAUUUCUUUGAUAGACUUUAUGAAUGAAGUCACACACACAUGAACUUUUCUUUUUAUAAUACAAAAGUUUAAACAAUAGCUUAAACAAAUUUAGACCAAAAGAAUAUUAUAAUCCCAAUAUGGUAUUUGUUACUAGAGAUAGAUUUAUUUCACAUAACAUUAAAAAUAAGACCUCCUCCUUUUUAACUUUUUUACUAGUAUCUCAGAUGUGAAAAUACCCACUAUGUUAUUUUCUGAUAUAUUCAAGUAGCAGUUUUACUUUAAUAAAGGUGAAUUAAAAGUUGUAAGUAUUCUGUAAUGUACCAGUUCAAUGUAAUUCUAAUGCACAUGAAAUAAAAAUAUCUAUAGCUUACUGAAUCCAUAAAAUACCAGUACUACGCUAUGAACAUGGAAGGCAUAUCACCAACACUAUAAUGAAAAACCAAUCCCAUUUAGAUAUGUAAUUAGAAAUGAAUGUAUUUUGGAGCUGGCUGGUUAACUCGGUUAGAGUGUGGUGCUGAUAACACCAAG